UAUUGUUCCGGCCUUCUUUCGAACUGGAGUAAACAUGGCGGCUGAGGGAGACGUCGACUUGGACCUGGAAGCCGAGGAAAACUGCACCGGGAAACCGGCAGAGAAGCCCCGGAAACAUGACAGCGGAGCCGCGGACCUGGAGAGAGUCACUGACUAUGCGGAGGAGAAGGAAAUAUCCAGCUCGGAUUUAGAAACGGCUAUGUCAGUGAUUGGCGACAGAAGGUCACGAGAACAAAAAGCCAAACAAGAAAGAGAAAAAGAGUUGGCCAAAGUCACCAUCAAGAAAGAGGAUGUAGAACUAAUUAUGUCAGAGAUGGAGAUUUCGAGGGUUGUAGCAGAGCGCAGUCUGCGGGAACACAUGGGGAAUGUGGUCGAGGCUCUGGUGGCUCUCACCAAUUGAACAGCUUUUUCAAAAAAAUGGACUCUUUCAAUUCUUUCUUUAUUGCGGUUGAACUGUGGCUUCUCCCCAUUUUUUCUUUUUUUUUUUAAAUAAAGCUUGAUAUUUGGCCCACA